AUGUCUGCCACUUUGUACUUGGAAGAUGGCAGUUGCUUUCAUGGUGAUGCUUUUGGUGCCUCAGUGGAUGUGUCCGGGGAAGUAGUUUUCCAAACUGGCAUGGUGGGAUAUGUGGAGUCCCUGACUGACCCCUCUUACUGCAAACAACUUCUGGUCUUGACGUAUCCACUGAUUGGAAAUUAUGGAGUGCCAAAUGAGGAUAAAGAUGAGUUUGGUCUUCUUAGAUGGUUCGAAUCUACAAAAAUUCAUGCAGCAGCUCUAAUUGUAGCAGAUCAGACAGACCAUUUCAGCCACUGGCAAGCCGUAAAGUCACUCAACCAAUGGCUUUGUGAAAAAUCAAUCCCUGCCAUUUCUGGCAUCGACACAAGAGCUCUGACUAAGAAAAUCAGAGAAAAAGGAACCAUGCUUGGAAAAAUAGUUAUAGGCAAAGGAAAGAACCCUGAUAGUGUGCCUUUUGUUGAUCCGAACAUCAUCAAUUUAGUAGAUCUUGUCUCUAUCAAGGAUCCAGUGUUCUACAAUGAAGAUGCACCAUUGAAAGUGUUGGUAGUUGAUUGUGGAAUCAAGCUGAACCAGAUCAGAUGUUUGUGCAAGAGAGGUCUCGCAGUUAAAGUUGUGCCAUGGAAUUAUAAAUUCACCAGUGCAGAAUAUGACGGCCUCUUCAUAAGUAAUGGUCCUGGAAACCCUGAGUUGUUGAAAGAACUUGUAGAAAAUAUGAAAUUGGUUCUCAAGGAACAAAAUUACAAACCCGUUUUUGGCAUUUGUCUGGGACAUCAAUUGCUAUCAUUGGCAGCUGGAGCAACAUCGUUCAAAAUGAAAUAUGGCAACCGAGGGCACAAUCAGCCCUGCACUCACGUUGAUACUGGAAGGUGUUUCAUUACAUCACAGAACCAUGGCUUUGCAAUAGAUGCCGGUACACUAUCUUCUGACUGGUCUGCUCUCUUUAUAAAUGAAAAUGACAAAACAAAUGAAGGCAUCAUUCACAACGAGAAGCCAUUCUUCAGUGUGCAGUUCCAUCCAGAGCACACGUCAGGCCCCGAAGAUCUGGAGAUGUUGUUUGAUAAAGUUUUGAUUCUCGGCAGUGGGGGCCUCUCAAUCGGUCAGGCAGGAGAGUUUGAUUACUCUGGCUCUCAGGCCAUCAAAGCUCUGAAAGAGGAGAACAUUCAUACAGUCCUCAUAAAUCCGAACAUUGCAACGGUGCAGACGUCAAGAGGUAUGGCUGAUGAAACUUACUUCCUGCCUAUCUCUCCAGAAUAUGUUACAGAGGUGAUUAAGAACGAGAGACCAGAUGGGAUUUUGUUGUCAUUCGGAGGUCAGACAGCACUGAAUUGUGGAGUCAAGUUGAAUGAUGCUGGCGUGUUCGACAAAUACAAGGUCAAUGUCCUUGGAACUCCUGUCAUGUCCAUUGAAUGGACUGAAGAUAGGAAAACUUUCUCUGAAGAGAUGUUCAAGAUUGGGGAGAAGGUUGCGCCGUGCGAGGCAGUUGAUACUUUGGAGCAGGCAAUAGCAGCAGCAGAAAAGAUAGGCUACCCUGUUCUGAUAAGGGCGGCGUUUGCUCUUGGAGGACUUGGAUCUGGGUUUGCAGAGAAUAAAGAAGAUUUGGUUAGUUUAGCUACAGUGGCCUUCGCCCACACCAGUCAGUUGCUGAUCGACAAAUCUGUGAAGGGUUGGAAGGAAGUGGAAUACGAAGUCAUCAGAGAUGCAUAUGACAACUGCCUCACUGUGUGCAACAUGGAGAACGUUGAUCCUCUGGGCAUUCAUACAGGAGAGUCAAUAGUUGUAGCUCCGAGUCAGACACUCACCAAUUAUGAAUACAACAUGCUUCGAACUGCUUCCAUUAAAAUUGUUCGCCACAUUGGAAUUGUUGGCGAAUGUAAUUAUUACAUAAUAGAAGUAAAUGCUCGUCUCUCUCGAAGUUCUGCACUGGCCAGCAAGGCAACUGGUUACCCACUGGCUUACGUAGCAGCCAAGUUAUCAUUGAACAUGUCACUGAGGGAACUGAGAAACUGUGUGACCAACUCCACGACUGCUUGCUUUGAACCCAGUUUGGAUUAUUGCGUUGUUAAGAUUCCUAGAUGGGAUCUUAGGAAAUUCCCGAGAGUGAAUAAUAAGAUAGGAAGCUCUAUGAAGAGUGUCGGAGAAGUCAUGGCAAUUGGUCGCAAAUUUGAAGAGGCAUUUCAGAAGGCUCUGAGGAUGGUCGAUGAACAAGUGGAUGGCUUUGAUCCAACUAUUAAGACUGCAAAUGACGAGGAUUUGGAAAACCCGACCGACCAGCGAAUGUUUGUGCUGGCAGCCAGUUUUAGGAAUGGUUACACAGAUGAUCGUCUGCACGAACUCACAAAGAUUGACAAAUGGUUCCUUCAUAAAUUCAGAAAAAUUGCAAACUUUCAUAAAUUUAUUGAUAGCUUGGAGUUGAAGGGCCUUACAAGGGAAAUCCUUUUGCAAGCAAAACAACUCGGAUUCUCAGAUAAGCAAGUUGCCAGAUCUGUGAAAAGCACCGAGAUGAUGAUACGUAUGAAAAGGGAGGAGUUCUCAAUCCAUCCAUGCGUGAAGCAGAUCGACACAGUGGCUGCAGAGUGGCCUGCCCACACCAACUACCUCUACCUCACUUACAGUGGAAUCGAACAUGAUGUCGACUUCAACGCACAGCACGUCAUGGUCCUCGGUUCGGGAGUUUAUAGAGUUGGCAGCAGUGUUGAAUUUGAUUGGUGCUCAGUGGGGUGCAUACAGGAGCUCAGGAAGUUGGGACACAAAACGAUAAUGGUGAAUUUCAACCCUGAGACUGUUAGUACGGACUAUGACAUGUGUGAUCGACUCUACUUUGAUGAAAUCACUUUUGAGGUUGUGUUGGAGAUCUAUAACCUGGAGAAUCCAACCGGCAUAAUAUUGUCAGUGGGUGGACAGAUUCCAAAUAACAUUGCCAUGGACUUACAUCGCAAGAAAGUGAGGAUUCUGGGAACGAGUCCUGACAACAUAGAUAUGGCUGAAAACAGAUUCAAGUUUUCUCGAAUGCUAGACAACGAACAAAUCUCUCAACCUCUUUGGAAAGAGUUGACGGAUAAAGAAACUGCUAAAGCUUGGUGCGAGUCUGUGGGUUUUCCAUGUUUGGUUCGACCAUCGUAUGUCUUGAGCGGGGCUGCCAUGAAUGUGGCAUACAGCACCGACGAUCUGGAUAACUUCCUGACCAAGGCAAUCGAUGUUUCAAAAGAACAUCCAGUCGUCAUCUCCAAGUUCAUCUUAGAGGCCAAGGAAAUAGAUGUGGAUGCUGUGGCCAGGAAAGGAGAAGUUCUGUGUAUGGCUGUGUCAGAGCAUGUGGAAAAUGCUGGUGUGCAUUCGGGAGAUGCCUCCCUUAUGACUCCACCACAGGACAUCAAUGAAGAGACCAUGGAGAAGAUCCAGGAGAUAUGUUAUCGGAUAGCCAGGGGCCUCAAUGUUUCUGGUCCAUUUAACUUGCAAAUCAUUGCUAAGGAUAAUCAAUUGAAAGUCAUCGAAUGCAAUCUUCGAGUGUCAAGGUCAUUUCCUUUUGUCUCUAAAACCCUUGAGUUUGACUUUAUUGCAUUGGCGACUCAGGUGAUCAUGGGUGAGAACCCAGCAGCCACCGACCUCAUGAAGCUGCAGAGGAACAAAGUUGGAGUGAAGGUUCCCGUGUUUUCAUUUGCACGGCUGACGGGGGCAGACGUCUUGUUGGGCGUCGAGAUGGCCAGCACCGGGGAGGUGGCAUGUUUUGGGGAGAACAAGUACGAGGCCUACCUCAAGGCACUUAUCAGUUCAGGAUUUAAAAUUCCCAGAAAAAAUAUUCUACUAUCUAUUGGAAGCUACAAACAAAAGAUGGAGUUGUUGGAGUCCAUACAAACACUGGACAGGUUGGGCUACAAGUUGUACGGGAGCAGUGGCACUGCAGAUUUCUACGAGGCUCACAGCAUCAAGGUGGAAGCAGUGUACUGGCCGUUUGAAGAAGCUGCAAAUCAGGGGGCCUCGUUCAACCACAACUCCAUCGUAGACAUGAUGAUUGACAACAAGUUGGACCUGGUGGUCAACUUGCCCAUCAGAGAGGGAGGUUCUAGAUACUCGUCUACAUACACAACACAGGGCUACAGGACGCGUCGAAUGGCAGUUGAUUAUUCAGUGCCUCUCAUCACCGAUGUCAAAUGCACUAAACUGCUUAUUCAGUCUAUCCAGUACCUGAAGGAACAAAAGACCGACCUCCCUUCCGUGAAAACUGUCAUCGACUGCUUGUCCUCAAAAGUUCUCGUCCGUCUUCCCGGUUUGAUUGAUGUUCAUGUACAUUUGAGGGAGCCGGGUGGGACGCACAAGGAAGAUUUCUCAUCGGGCACCUCGGCAGCCCUGGCAGGCGGUGUGACGAUCGUACUCUGCAUGCCCAACACCUCCCCUGCAAUCACCGACCCAGAAACGUUCAGUCUUUUCCAAGAGUGUGCUAAAAAAUCCAAAUGUGAUUAUGGUCUGUACAUUGGGGCAAACAGUUCAAAUGCACUGACCAUCCCACAUCUGUCCAGUCAAGCUGUGGCACUCAAGAUGUACCUCAACGACACGUACACCACACUGAAACUUGAUUCAAUCUCCACAUGGGAUGACCAUUUCAAGAACUGGCCUCAGGACAGUUUGAUAUGUGUUCAUGCGGAGAAGCAGACGAUAGCAGCCGUGUUGUACCUAUGCACUCUCUACAAGCGACCCGUCCACAUUUGUCACGUAGCCAGGAAGGAAGAGAUAGAGUUAAUUAAAAGAGCGAAAGGGAUAGGCCUGGACAUCACGUGCGAGGUGGCGCCACAUCAUUUGUUCCUGACCACCGAGGACUCGAAACUGAGGUUGGGGGAUAAGAAGAGCCAAGUGCGUCCGUCGCUCGUCAGUCCUGAAGAUCAACAAGCCCUGUGGGACAAUUUGAACAUCAUCGACUGCUUUGCUACUGAUCAUGCUCCACACACUCUGGAAGAGAAAUUGAGUGAGAAUGCACCUGCUGGUUUUCCAGGCUUGGAGACGAUGUUGCCUCUGCUUCUUACUGCUGUCAACGAGGAGAGACUCACUCUUGAUGAUUUAAUUGCAAAAUUGUACACUAAUCCGAAACGCAUCUUCAAACUUCCUACACAAGAAAACACUUACGUCGAGGUGGACAUGGACAAAGAAUGGACCAUUCCAGAGAUGACCAAGCACUCAAAGGCCAAAUGGACUCCAUUUGCUGGGUUUGAAGUGAAGGGCAUGGUCAAAAGAGUCGUCCUGAAGGGAGAAGUGGUCUUCAUUGAUGGAGAGGUUGUGGCCGAGGAUGGAUUUGGAAAAAAUGUGAAAUCUUGUCCAGUAGAUGUCGACAAAUCAUUGACAACAAAAUUGGUUGAAACAGCAAGGGAAGCAUGCAUGCCUCAAGAAGGCGGCGGUAGAAUUCGUCAGUUGAGUGGGUCGUCGUUAGAGAAGAAGCAUUUCAAAAGGGAGGAUAGGGUGUUGGCUGUUGAGACUACACGAAAAAGAUUGGACAGUCAAAAUGAAAAGUUUCCUGGCUUGUUGGCAUUGGACCAAGUUGCAAACACUGCCUUCAAGCCACCACUACCACUCCUGUCGCCUAGAAUUCAAAGUUCCAUUCUAACAUCUACCGCUAUAUCUCUGCACAAGAAACAUGUUCUGUCUGUGGAUAUGUUUUCAAGGAAUCUUCUGACUCACAUCUUCACGAUAGCUCAUGAUUUUAAACAAAAUCCGUACCAACCAAAAUUACAAGGCAAGGUGAUGGCGUCGAUGUUUUACGAGAACAGCACGCGGACCUGCUACUCAUUUACAGCUGCCAUGCAGAGGCUCGGGGGAUCUGUACUUUCCUUCAACGAACUCACUUCUUCCACCAAGAAGGGGGAAACUCUCGAAGAUACAGUGCGCAUGAUGAGUGGGUAUGUUGACGUCAUCGUAAUAAGACACCCUCAGAAAAAUGCCGUUGAACAAGCAUCUCUGGUCAGCGACAAGCCGGUGAUCAAUGCAGGGAACGGCACAGGCGAACAUCCCACGCAAGCACUUCUCGACAUCUUCACCAUCAGAGAGGAGAUUGGAACUGUUACCAACAUGACUAUAACAAUGGUGGGUGACUUGAAGAAUGGCAGGACAGUGCACUCACUGGCUCGCUUGCUGACCAGGUACAACUGCAAUCUCAUCUACAUAUCACCUCCUGGCCUCGAAAUGCCUCAGUCAGUGGUGGAGUAUGUGAAGAAGGCAGGAUUGAGUCAGAGAUUGAUGUCGUCGAUGGAAGAGGCGUUGCCGGAAACCGAUGUUCUCUACAUGACUCGCAUCCAGAAGGAGAGGUUUGAAAGUGAAGAUGAAUAUAACAAGGUCUGUGGCAAGUACAUCAUCACGUCAAACCUCAUGUCCAAAGCCAAAACUAAAAUGGUUAUUCUACAUCCCUUGCCGAGAGUUAAUGAAAUUAGCACUGAAGUGGAUUCAGAUCCUCGAGCCGGCUACUUCAGACAAGCAGAAAAUGGCAUGUACGUCAGAAUGGCUCUCCUCUACCUUGUCCUCGGCUUCCAACUUGAACACUGAUUUUGCAGUUUUUAACAUCGGGCACAAUUUUUUAUGAACUCAAUGAGAAUGAAAUAUUAAUAACAAUGUGGUGUUUCUAUCAAUGUACAAUUUUAUAUAUUCGCGUUGCUGAGUUUUUGUUGGGGCCGUUUUUGUCUUUUAUUGAUACGGAUUUUCAGCUAUUUUUAAAGUAAUUUAUUAAGUAUUUAGUGUUUUUUUAUUAAGUAAUUUAUUACUAUUUCAUUUCGAUUUGCAUCCUGUUAUUACGGUUCUUUGAUUUAUCUGUAUUUAGUUCAAAAUGUUUCUUUUAAUGCUUUAUCAUUCAAGUUUUUUAAAUCUUUUAGUUUAAAAUCAAUAUUUACGCUGGCAGUUCAUUGUUAAGGUGACCAUUUCGUCACAUGGCAAAUUGUUUUCGCGAUAUAGUGUCCCUCUAAAUUUGUUAGGUGGUGUACAUUCUCAUUUCAUGUUUGUUUUUUACUUAUGUUACAAAUCAUGCACACAUUCUUUCAAAUGAACUCCACGCAUCGAAUAAUCUCUUGUCACUUGUCACUUUAUCUUAUUGCACAUAAAAUGUUUGCGUUUUUAGACUCGUACAAUUCACUGUUUUGGGAACCCGUUUUUAAACUUUAAAAAUUUUUGUCAACAUGUGCAUGCUAAUUUUGUGUACAUUCUUUCCUGAAGCAAAGAUAGCUGUUAGUGUUACCAAUACUCUAUAUUAAAGGUUGUGAAUAUUGGUUAUUAAAAUAUUUUCAAAU